CGCGACACGCGCCGACCCGGACCCUAUGCGGUGAUUCGCGCGGCGCAGGCGCCUCCUGCCCCGCCGGCGGGGCCCGGGUUUACCGCGGCGGGAUGUUCUCCCGAAGGAGCCAUGGAGAUGUGAAGAAGUCCACCCAGAAGGUGCUGGACCCCAAGAAGGACGUGCUGACGCGCCUGAAGCACCUGCGGGCGCUGCUGGAUAAUGUGGAUGCAAGUGAUCUUAAGCAGUUUUUUGAGACCAACUAUUCUCAGAUAUAUUUCAUCUUCUAUGAAAAUUUUAUAACACUGGAAAAUAGUUUGAAAUUGAAAGGGAAUAAGUCACAAAGGGAGGAGCUGGACUCCAUCCUCUUUCUUUUUGAAAAAAUACUGCAAUUUCUACCUGAACGAAUUUUCUUUCGAUGGCAUUACCAGAGUAUAGGCUCAACUUUAAAGAAGCUUCUACACACUGGAAAUUCUGUUAAGAUAAGAUGUGAAGGAAUCAGGCUAUUUCUUCUGUGGCUUCAGGCACUUCAGACAAACUGUGCAGAAGAGCAGGUGCUGAUUUUUGCUUGCCUCGUGCCUGGUUUCCCAGCGAUCAUGUCAUCCAGAGGGCCCUGUACGCUGGAGACACUCAUCAAUCCUAGCCCUAGUGUGGCUGAUGCAAAGAUAUAUCCAGAAGAAAUCACUCCACUCCUACCAGCCGUAUCAGGGGAAAAGAUCGCUGAGGACCAAACAUGCUUUUUUCUUCAAAUACUGUUGAAAUAUAUGGUUAUUCAGGCUGCAAGCUUGGAGUGGAAGAAUAAGGAGAAUCAAGAUACUGGUUUUAAAUUUCUUCUUACGUUGUUUCGAAAGUAUUAUCUUCCUCAUUUAUUUCCAUCAUUUACUAAGUUAACAAACAUCUACAAACCUGUACUUGACAUCCCCCAUUUGAGACCAAAGCCAGUGUACAUUACUACAGCUCGAGACAAUGAAAACAUUUACAGUACAAAAAUUCCAUACAUGGCAGCUCGCGUUGUUUUUAUUAAAUGGAUUGUAACUUUCUUUUUGGAAAAAAAGUAUCUAACUACAACCCAAAACACUAAAAAUGCAGUUGAUGUACUGCCCAAAAUCAUACAGACUGUUGGUGGUGGUGUGGGGCAAGAGAGGGUGCCGGCGGAGCUGGAUGGCGGCGGGCCUGCAGAGCAGGACAAAAACCAUUCCAACAGCAGCACCUUGUCCGACCGAAGACUCAGCAGCUCCAGCCUUUGUAGCAUUGAAGAAGAGCACCGCACUGUGUAUGAAAUGGUGCAGCGGAUUCUCUUGUCAACACGAGGUUAUGUCAACUUUGUGAAUGAAGUCUUUCGUCAGGCAUUUUUGUUGCCUUCCUGUGACAUAGCUAUAACAAGGAAGGUAGUUCAAGUGUACAGAAAGUGGAUUCUCCAGGACAAACCUGUGUUCAUGGAAGAACCAGAUAAGAAAGAAGCUGCCCAAGAAGAUGCUGAAAAAUUAGGAUUUUCAGAGACUGACAGCAAAGAGACCUCAUCUGAAGGUUCUCGUCAUAAGCGAUCUUCCAGUUGGGGACGUACAUACUCCUUCACGAGUGCAGUGAGCAGAGGAUGUGUGACAGAAGAGGAAAAUAAGAACGUGAAAGCCGGGGUCCAGGCUAUGCUGCAGGUAUUUUUGACAAAUGCAGCAAACGUCUUUUUGCUGGAACCAUGUCCUGAAGUUCCCAUGCUCUUGAAAGAACAAGUUGAUGCCUGUAAAGCUGUUUUGAUUAUUUUUAGGCGCAUGAUAAUGGAACUUACAAUGAAUAAAAAGACAUGGGAACAGAUGUUGCAAAUACUACUCAGGAUAACAGAAGCUAUCAUGCAGAAGCCAAAGGAUAAACAAAUAAAAGACUUGUUUGCCCAGAGCUUGGCAGGGUUACUGUUCAGGACGCUCAUGGUGGCGUGGAUCCGAGCAAACCUCUGUGUGUACAUUUCCCGAGAGCUCUGGGAUGACUUCCUUGGCGUGCUGUCCUCCCUCACGGAAUGGGAAGAACUCAUAAAUGAGUGGGCCAACAUCAUGGACUCCUUGACAGCAGUGCUCGCGAAAACAGUUUACGGAGUUGAGAUGACAAACCUACCUCUGGACAAAUUAAGUGAACAAAAGGAAAAGAAGCAGCGAGGCAAAGGCUGUGUUCUAGAUUCUCAGAAAGGAACCACUGUGGGGAGAUCCUUUUCUCUCAGCUGGCGGAGCCACCCAGAUGUGACCGAGCCAAUGCGAUCUAGGAGUGCUACCACAUCUGGGGCACCAGGAGUUGAGAAAGCAAGAAAUAUUGUUCGCCAGAAAGCAACGGAAGUGGAAGAAUGUCAGCAGUCAGAAAAUGCACCUGCCGCCGAAUCUGGCUGCCUGGUGGCAGAGCAGCCGCACAUCAUGCGGAGUAGCAGCACGCCUGACGUCAUGGAGCCACCGUGCUCAGACUCUCCGCAGGGUCAAAAGGUAGAAAAUGUACAGACUUUGAGUUCUUCAGAGUCCAAGCCUGUUCAAGAAAACAAAGGACAUGUGAAGAAAGAACAUGAAGGAAUAACAAUCUUAGUUCGAAGAAGCAGCAGCCCUGCAGAAUUGGAUUUAAAAGAUGAUUUGCAGCAGACGCAAGGAAAAUGUAAGGAAACACAGAAGAGUGAAGGUAUCAGCAGUGACACAGCUCUGGGCUAUAACAAUGAGGCAGAGCUGUCCAUGAGCCCAUGGCCAAUCUGUGAGGAAGACCCAGAACUGAACCCUCCCACAGAUGGUGUGACUGACUCCGAUGCCCGCCAUUGGUUACAACUGAGUCCCACCGAUGCUUCGAACUUAACAGAUAGCAGUGAGUGCCUUGCCGAUGACUGUAGUAUAAUUGCUGGAGGGAACCUCACUGGUUGGCACCCAGACUCUGCUGCUGUGUUAUGGCGAAGAAUCUUGGGAAUCCUCGGGGAUGUGAAUAAUAUCCAGUCACCCAAGAUUCACGCCAAAGUGUUUGGCUAUCUCUAUGAACUCUGGUACAAACUAGCAAAGAUACGGGAUAAUCUGGCAAUAAGCCUGGAUAACCAGUCUUCUCCAUCUCCACCGGUCCUGAUCCCACCACUCAGAAUGUUUGCAUCAUGGCUAUUUAAGGCGACAGCGUUGCCAAAUGAAUAUAAGGAAGGCAAACUACAAGCCUACAGACUGAUCUGUGCCAUGAUGACCAGACGCCAGGAUGUUCUGCCAAACUCGGACUUCCUGGUGCAUUUUUACCUUGUGAUGCACCUGGGAUUAACCAGCGAGGAUCAGGAUAUCUUAAACACCAUUAUAAGGCACUGUCCACCCCGCUUCUUCUCCCUGGGUUUGCCUGGCUUCUCAAUGCUGGUGGGGGACUUCAUCACGGCCGCUGCCAGGGUCCUCAGUACAGACACGCCAGCGACACCUCAUUCAGAAGCUCUCACCAUUCUCGGUUCUCUUGUCUGCUUUCCAAAUACCUACCGGGACAUCCCUUUACUGCAGUCUGUGCCAGAAGUCAAGAAAGUCAUCACAGGAACUGAAGAUGUCAAGCAUUACCUCAUAAAUAUUUUACUGAAGAAUGCCACAGAGGAACCAAAUGAAUGUGCAAGAUGCAUUGCCAUUUGCUCCCUCGGGGUCUGGAUAUGCGAAGAACUGGCACAGUGUACAAGCCAUCCUCAGCUGAAAGAGGCCAUCAAUGUGAUAGGCGUCACUUUGAAGUUUUCUAACAAAAUCGUGGCUCAGGUGGCCUGUGAUGUUCUUCAGUUGCUGGUUUCCUACUGGGAAAAGCUUCAGAUGUUUGAAACCUCUCUGCCUCAGAAAAUUGCAGAAAUCCUUGUGGCCACAAUUGCUUUUCUUUUACCAAGUGCAGAGUACUCCUCAGUGGAAACAGAUAAAAAGUUUAUUGUGUCCUUGCUACUCUGCCUCUUGGACUGGUGCAUGGCAUUGCCAGUGAGCACCCUUCUCCGCCCAGUGUCCACGGUGGCCCUGGAGGGGCAGCACUCAUCCAGAGCCCCUUUGCUGGACUAUAUCUAUAGGGUUCUGCACUGCUGUGUUUGUGGCUCAAGCACAUACACCCAACAGAGUCACUACACACUGACCCUGGCCGACCUGUCCUCCCCGGAUUAUGAUCCUUUCCUGCCACUGGCAAAUGUGAAGAAUUCGGAGCCAGUCCAGUAUCAUUCAUCAGCAGAUUUGGGCAACCUGCUCACAGUUGAAGAGGAGCGGAAGAGGAGGAGUUUGGAGCUGAUCCCUCUGACCGCCCGCAUGGUGAUGGCCCACCUGGUGAACCACCUGGGUCACUUCCCACUGCGUGGGGGCCCCGCCGUGCUGCACAGCCUGGUCAGCGAGAACCAUGACAACGUGCACGCCGAGGCCCCCGAACUGUCCUCCGAGGUGUUCCGGAGCCCAAACCUGCAGCUGUUUGUGCUGAAUGACAGCACCCUCAUCUCCUACCUUCAAAUGCCCUCGGAAGGGCCAGCAGGCGCCUCGCGGGGGGGUACCCUGUCAGACGUCAGAGUCAUUGUGCGGGAUAUCUCAGGGAAGUACUCUUGGGAUGGGAAGGUUUUGUAUGGACCAUUGGAAGGCUGCUUAGCACCCAGUGGCAGAAAUCCUGCAUUUCUGAUUUCCGGCUGGCAACCUCAAGCUUUGGGAGCUCAGAAAGAUUUUUCUCAAAGUGAGGAGGGAGAUGAUGUCCUCGACAAAUUACUUGAAAACAUUGGCCAUACAAGUCCUGAAUGCCUUUUACCAUCACAGCUAAAUCUAAAUGAGCCCUCCCCACCCCCGCGGGGAAUGAACCAUGACCAGGAGAAGGAAAUCAUUGAGGUCAUUUUGCGCCAGAAUGCCCAAGAAGACGACUACAUCCAGAGGUGUAACUCUGACUCGGCCAUGAGAGUCACCAGCCAGGAGCAGCCCUCACCAGUAGAGCCACGAGGACCCUUUUAUUUCUGCAGGUUGUUGCUCGAUGACCUGGGGAUGAAUUCUUGGGACAGAAGAAAAAAUUUCCAUCUGUUGAAGAAAAAUUCAAAACUGUUGAGAGAGCUAAAAAAUCUGGACUCCCGUCAGUGCCGUGAAACGCACAAGAUUGCAGUGUUUUACAUUGCUGAAGGUCAAGAAGACAAGUGUUCAAUCCUCUCCAAUGAAAGAGGAAGCCAAGCAUAUGAAGACUUUGUUGCCGGACUUGGAUGGGAGGUGGAUCUCUCAACCCACUGUGGGUUCAUGGGUGGACUCCAACGCAACGGCAGCACGGGGCAGACCGCUCCUUACUAUGCUACCUCGACUGUGGAAGUCAUUUUCCACGUUUCAACUCGCAUGCCAUCAGACUCAGAUGAUUCACUCACCAAAAAGCUCCGUCACUUGGGGAAUGACGAGGUCCACAUCGUCUGGUCUGAACACUCCAGGGACUACCGCAGGGGCAUUAUCCCGACCGCCUUCGGAGACGUUUCAAUCAUUAUUUACCCAGUGAAGAAUCACAUGUUCUUUAUCGCGAUCACGAAGAAACCCGAGGUUCCAUUUUUUGGGCCUCUGUUUGAUGGAGCCAUAGUGAGUGGAAAGCUACUGCCAAGCCUUAUAUGUGCCACGUGCAUCAAUGCCAGUAGGGCCGUGAAGUGCCUCAUCCCGCUGUACCAGAGCUUCUACGAAGAGCGAGCCCUGUACCUCGAAGCAAUAAUUCAGAACCACCGAGAAGUCAUGACGUUUGAGGAUUUUGCCGCCCAAGUCUUUUCUCCCUCUCCCAGCCCCUCCCUCGGCGGAACGGAUUAAAAUAUGUAAAGGUCUCAUUGCAAUGUUUGAGCAAGGGCCCUGGCCGCCAGCCUGAGUGCCUCCCUCUCAUGGCACCUCUUAACAAGGAGGAAAUGAAUGAGACUCCCCCUUCCCCCACCCCAAACCCCCAAACACAGAGACUCCGGGAAACAUCACUGCUCUGCUGGCCCUCGGCACAUCUUCCCAUUAACGGACUUCCAAAGUUCAAGGUGAACCCCACCGAAACGUCGCCGGUUGGACUUUCUCACUGGGCCGUGUCAUCUUGCCCUAGAACCUCACGAAACUUGAGCUUCCAAAGAAGAAGAGGGGAGGGUCACCACCACCCAGAGACAGAUGCGCUCUCAUGGGCGUUGACGGGGCUGCUCUCCGCAGGGAUGGCAGGAGAAGAUUCUGGGCUUUCGGGAAGGGGUGGAGUGCAACUGGUUUCUGUACCCCGAGUUGUUUAUAAACCCAAGCAAGAUUCACAGAAGGGCUGGCAAAACAGCUGCUAAACUGAGGAAUUUUCUCUGCAUUGAUUUCACUAGUUCUUAUGUUAGAUUUUAUGGUUUACUCCAAAAUUUCAUCAUCAUGGAAAUUGGCUUUCCCUAGGGUCUUUUGCCCAGAAGUUUUAUCUGGGUUGCUGAGUGUUUUCCACCUGGUGCCUGAUGCCCACUAACGGGGGAGAGGUUUUCCCGACCAUCCUGGAGGCCCUCAGAUGACUCUAGAAACCGGGUCCUGUCCCUGUGAAAACUCCUGUAGGUCAGGAGGCUUUCAGGGCCCAGCUCAGCACAGCGCCACGUCAACACGCAAGGCGCACACCAGCGCAGGCACUAGACUGAGACAGGCCCCCCUUGAUGUCCAUCUGCCUCCAGAAGGUUCGCCCUGCAGUUCUGCUCUCCUGCCCACUGCUGGGGGAGGGCCCCGGCACAAAUGGGGGCUUUCUACCCAUUUGGCUCCAAGGAAGGCAUGUUGAGCCUGUUUAAAAAAAAAAAAAGAAUAGAAGAAGAAGAAGAAAUGAAAAUCCCUACCUUCUAUCUGUGCUUGGCCAGCAUCCUUGCUGGGGGUCUGAGGGUGUCAGCGACAGAAAAAUCAGUUAGGAAGACCUGUCUGGCCCUCUGCCUCUCACCUAGGCCUGCAGCCUGUCUCCAGAGUAAGCCCGUGGCUCAGAAGGGGUGGGGUGGGCAGCACAUAGAACACAGCUGCUAAGGACCCGAGAAAGAUCGGUCCCUGCAAGGGUGCUUCCCCGCCUCCCGUGACUCUCUGCCUCUGUGCUCUGUGCCCGCUUGGGUGUUCCCCACCCCCACCCCGGCGGCGGCUUUGGUCCCCUUCCUGGCGAGUCUCCUGAGCCCCCUCAGUCCAUCAGGGUGGCCGUUUUCACUGACCAAUCCGUUCUUUCCAUGCGCUGUUGCGUUGGUUUGGCCAGUACCUGACCCUUGUUCCCCACCCCUGCUCCAGCCGCCCACCCUCGCCUUUUAAAUAAUUUGGACUUUCUGGUAGGCACGGUUUGUCCACUAUCGCUCAGACAGCAGACUUGUGUUGAGCAGCUCCACUGGAUAUUUACGAAGUGCCCAGACCUCAUUCCUGCAGGGGAGAGCAUCACCUGUCCCUGGGCUCCAGAGUCCCAGGCAGGCUCUGACAGCCAGUAGCUUCUGGGAGGACAUUUUAUUUCCUGGCUCUAGAAAACCCCUGUGGCAUAAUUCUUGGAUUGAGCUGAAGUGUCAGGACUUGGAAGUCGCAUUGAACUCCCCUGGACUUGUGCUCUGUGAACCAGUCCUCCUAACUGGCAAGUGGGAAACUCAGUUGUAGGCAGCAUAUACCUAGACCUUUCCUGUCAUCCCUCCUGAUUUUAACUUCCCUGUGACCCCAGACUCCAGCCAGCAGUUUGGGGACUGGAGCUGCUUCUGAGCCCACUGUUGUCAGCGGCAGCAUCGGGGUGGAAUAGGGAGCAGGGAAUCUAGCAACCAGGUUUGCUUACGAUCACGUGGACCUGAAUCACUUUUGUUAUUUGGGGUGGAAAAUUGAAAUGAUCAAGCUCUUUUUUUUUUUUUUCACUUAGAAAAGCAAAUAUUGUGCUUUUUGCAAUAAAUGCCUUUCCAGCAAAAUUAUGGAGGUUCACUCAUCCGGCGGGGACCCACCUGAGUCACAGUGCUGACUCGUCGCAUUAGUAGGUCAGCCAUCUGUACUCGAAAGUGGCCCUAAUCGGCCCAAAAUGGGUAAGACUCGCUGGCUUCCGGGCAGGGCCAGGCCCAUCCCCCCACUUCUCUGCACGCUGAUCUCUGCACACUGAUUUCCGUCCAAAGCAAAGCUGAUGUUCCAUAGUCUCACUGAGAAGGUGUUUUUUGUACUUUAAAAAAAAACAAAGGGGCGCCUGGGUGGCUCAGUUGGUUAAGCGACUGCCUUGGGCUCAGGUCA